GUAAAUAGGUGGGGACAAAGAGAGAAAUAAACCCAGAAGCUCAGGCACAAGCUGAUAAGGAACCUCAUUGCCCCAAGUUAGCUGUGUGCUUAGAAAGAGUUAAAUAUUGGUUGUGGUUUCUUUCAAAUCAAAGGGCAAAAUUCAGAGCAAGGGAGAGGUAGUUCAGUGAGAUUGCUAGGAAGCCUGUGAUUUAGGCAUUGUAAAUGAUUCUUCAUGAUUAAUAUUUUACUUUAAUCCUUUCCAACAUGGCCUUCCUUCUGCAAGCAUUUCAGAGGGCUUCUGCUGGGGCUUUCUUGUUAGCACUUUGGGGUGUGAUUGGAGGCGAGAAGUUGCUGGUUGUUCCUCAGGAUGGAAGCCACUGGCUUAGUAUGAAGGAGAUAGUUGAGCUUCUCAGCGAGAGGGGACACGACAUUGUGGUGUUGGUGCCAGAAGUGAAUUUGCUUCUGAGGGAAUCCAAAUACUACACAAGAAAACUCUAUCCAGUGCCGUAUCCCCAGGAAGAGCUGAAGGACCGUUUCCGCUCUUUUGGAAACAGCCAUUUUGCUGAGAGAUCUUACCUGAGGAACCCUCAGACAGAGUACAGAAAUAACAUGAUUGUUAUCAACAAGUUCUUCACCAACUGUGAGAGCCUCCUGAAGAACUCAGAGACCCUGCAAUUCCUCAAGGAGAGUAAGUUCGAUGCCCUUUUCACAGACCCAGCCUUGCCCUGUGGUGUGAUCUUGGCUGAGUACCUGGGUCUGCCCUCUGUGUACCUCUUCCGGGGCUUCCCAUGUGCCCUGGAGUACAGGUUCAAUGGAAGCCCAAGCCCCUUGUCCUACAUUCCCAGGUACUAUACUCAAUUCUCAGACCAGAUGACUUUCUGCCAACGGGUGGCCAACUUCCUCGCUAAUUUGUUGGAGACCCCUCUACUUUACCUUCUGUUUUCAAAGUACCAAGACCUUGCCUCAAAUCUCCUCAAGAGAGAUGUGGACUUAGUCAGUUUAUAUCAGAAGGGCUCCAUUUGGCUGUUAAGGUAUGACUUCGUGUUUGACUUCCCCAAGCCAGUCAUGCCCAACAUGGUCUUCAUUGGAGGGACCAAUUGCAAGAAGGUGGAACGUCUAGCUCAGGUUGGUGGUUUUACCUAUUUUUGUUUGCCCUGUUUCUUAGAAAGUAGACAGAAAUCAUUCAUAUGUGCUCUGUCUUUCCUUAUUCAAUCAGCCUCUCCAGCCCACCUGGGAGGGCUGCCUGAAGAAAUGGUGGUCUUCCUUCCAAUAAAGGGAAAAGGGGAUCCAGGUGGGGAGUACAGGGGACGGUAAGACAUUUGAGGCUGAGCUGAUGCAGAGGAUUUGAAUGAAGACAGGACUGGUGUUAGGUUAUCUGGGGAGAGACUCAGAAUCAUAAAAUGAGCCUACACAGCCUGUAGAGGAGACAGAGGAGAAAGAUUGCCCAAGGGGACCAGAGCUGGGAGGACAGUUCAUGUCAAAAUCCAUUCCCGAAAAUCUGUCCCUAGCAGUUUACCUGGGCCCUAAGCCAGGGGUCAAAAAACUAUAGCCUGUGGGCCAAAUCUGGCCAGAGGCCUGGAAUUGAAUGACCCAGAGCUGAGAGUGAUUUUUACGUUUUUAAAGGGUUGUUCAACAGCAAGGACAUCAGACACAAUAUGUGGCAGAGACAUAUACAGUCUGCAACGCCUGCGUAGUUUUUAUUUGGCGCUUUAGAGAAAAAGUUUGCUGACCCCUGACCUGGAGUUCACAGAGUUACUCUGGAAAAUGAAAAUAUGUGUGUGCGGAUUUGAGUAUUUGCAGUUCUGAAAGCCUUCAGACAACUCCUCAUCUUUUAAGCCAGCAUUAUCUUUUAUAAUGCACUUUCACCAGAGAAAAACCUCGAAUAGGCCCCAAACACCUUUACACCCUUCUUCAACAUCUGCUAAUUUCUCUGUUAACAGUUUGGAUAAUUGGCUAUAGCUACUGUGAAAAGAGAGGGGCAGAGAUGAUGAGCUGAAUUGGACUGGUUCCAAGGAGCAAGGGGCAUGAAAUACAAGCCUCCUAUGUCAGGAAAGGAAGGAGCCAUGGUGGCACAGUGGUUAAGUUCUUGGCUGCUAACCAGGAGGUUGGCAGUUCGAAUCCACCAGUGGCUCCACAGGAGAAAGAUGUGGCAGUCUGCUUCUGUAAAGAUUUACAGCCUUGGAAACCCUAUAGGGCAGUUCGACUCUGUCCUACAGGGUUACUAUAAGUUGGAGUCAAAACAAAUGCAGUGGGUAAUCUUUAUGGAAGCUGGCUGCCACAUCUUUCUCCCACAACAUGGGUGGUAGGUUCAUACCACCAACCUUUUGGUUAGCUGCUGAGUGCUUAACCACUGCACCACCAGGGCUUCUUCGUUUUCAAAAAACUAGAUUCCAGUUCCUCAGGGCUAGACCUUCUGUUCUCAUUUCCUCAUUUCAUGUUCCAGAAUCAUCUAGAUCAGUGAUUCUCAUCUGGUGGUGAUUUUGCCCACCAGGAGGCAAUGUCUGAAGGCAUUUUCGGUGUCACAGUUGAGGGCUGCUACUGUGACGUACUUGGACAUGUUAUCAGGAGGGACGAGUCCCUGGAGAAGGACAUCAUGCUUGGUAAAGUAGACAGUCAGCAAAAGAGAGGAAGACUCUCAAUGAGAUGGAUUGACACAGUGGCUGUAACAGUGGGCUCAAGCAUUGCAACAACUGUGAGGAUGAUGCAGGCCUGGGCAUUAUUUCAUUCUGUUGUGAAUGGGGUCACUACAAGUCAGAACUGGCUCACAGCACCUAACAACAACUGUCAACUAGUAGGUAGUGGCCAAGGAUGCUGCCAAAUAUCCUACAAUGCACAGGACAUACCCAUCACAGCAACAAACAAUUCUCCUUUGAAAAAAAUUAACAGUGGUGAAGUUGAGAAAUCCUGAUCUAAAAAAAUUUUAGGUAAACAUUAGAGUCUUCUCUCCAGCAAAGUCCGAGGUGGGUGGUGUAGGGGCAGCAAGGGUCCUGUGCCCACCUCUGAGCUCAUGUUGUUUCCUUAGAUGGUUUUCUACAAGUAACACACAUCCAGGCUGAAAUUCCACCAUUUAUGGGUUGACCUGAAGGUUGAACUCUGGGCAAGUCAUGGGAACAAAACCCCAAAAUGCCAAGUCAUUCUGAAUAGGCAGUUUAAAAAAAUGCAACUUAAUCCAAUGUCUACAAUGCCUUCACUGUGCUGCUUCUCUCUGAAAACCGUGUGCUUAUCUUUAUGACCCAUUAUCUGGAGAUUACCAACAUGUGCAACAUCUUGGCAGGAGCGUUUCUCUUAAUGAGUAAUUAUCUAAAGAGUGGCUAAAUUCUAGGGUGAAUCAGGGUUUAAAAAAAAAAAAGAAUUCAGUAUGAAAUCAGGAAAAAAAAAAAUGCCAUCGAGUUGAUAUCGACUUAUAGUGGCCCUGUAGGACAAAGCAGAACUGCCCCGUAUGGUUUGCUUUUAAUAAACCACUAUGCCACCAGGGUUUCCAUUCAAUAGAAGUGUCCAAAAAACUAGAAACUUUUUUUUAAAACAGCUUUAUUGAGGUAAUUCACUUACCAUAUGUCUUAGUCGUCUAAUGCUGCUACAAGAGAAAUAUCACAAGUGGAUGACUUUAACAAAGACAAGUUUAUUCUCUCACAGUCUAGUAGGCUAGAAGUCUGAAUUAAGGGUGUCAGCUCCAGGGGAAGGCUUUCUCUCUGAGGCCUCAGGAGGAAGGUCUUUGUCAUCAGUCUUCCCUUAGCCUAGGAGCUUCUCCAUGCAGGAGCCCCAGGUCCAAAUAAUGUGCUCUGCUCCUGGUGUUGCUUUCUUGGUGGUAUAAGGUCACUUUGUCUCGCUGUUUGCCUCUCUCUUCUGUAUCUCAAGAGAUUGGCUGAAGACACCAUUCAAUCUUAAAAUGACUCCUGCCUCAUUAACAAAACUGCCACUAAGCCCAUCUCAUUAACAUCACAGAAAUGCAAUUCAAUCCAUGAAACCAUACAAUUCACCUAUUUAGAGUUUACAAUUCCAUGGUCUUUAGUAUAUUCACUGAGUUGUGCAACCACAACCACAAACAAUUUUAGAACAUUUUCAAUCACUCCAAAAAGAAAUACCAUAUCCAUCAGCAGUCACUCCUUAUUCCCACCUUCUACCAACACCUGACAACCACUAAUCUCCUUUCUGCCUUUAUGAAUUUGCCUAUUCUGGACAUUCCAUAUGAAUGGAAUCAUGUGAUAUGUGAUUACGUUUUUUUGCUUAGUAUAAUGUUUUCAAGGUUCAUCCAUUUGUAGCAUAACUUUUUAUUACCGAAUGUCCAGGCAUGGACCAGAAACUUGAAAUUUGUCUCCAAAAUCGGAAGGUGCCUAGAGACUGAAGAAAGAGGCAGGCAAUUCCAGUGUGGUGACAUAAGAAUUUUACAAGGAACUCUUAAAAACAAGGUGGUCCUUCCUGGACCAAGGACCAUGCAGAUCUCCUCACCCAGCAAUAGGCAAGGUGGAGGUUUUAUAGUGGUCAAGGACAAAAGUGGCUUCAAGCCAUGGAGUUACAAGACUGCCUCAGCAAGGUAACAAAACCGGGCUUGGAAAACAGCAGUGAACUAACAGAAAGAGCUGUGAACAAACAGAAAGCGCUGUGAACAAACAGAAAGCACGAGGGCAGCCAUGUUAGGCUUCCCAAAGCCUGUUUUCCCCUUCAGUCCACCCUCAAGGCCAUUUCAUAAAAUCUCACGCAUUCCCCCUCUCCCGCAAAGUCCCUGAGGGCCCCAAGAGAAGGUGUCACUGUUGGGACAGACAGUUUUGCUGUAGCUGGAGGCACAGACCACACCAGCAGUAUAGAUAAACACAACAAACAAUCCCUAUACCCAGGAAAAGAACAAGACCCAUCAAAACAUCGUGCCAGCUAGAGGGGAAAUAGGAAAACCAGGCAACCAAAGCAGACUAGCCAUCAGGUGUGUCCAAGGCUUCUAUCAGUUUCUUCUUGUAGCCUAACAGAUCAGUUAUGUCCUGGUGGUACUAUGGUAUAUAGGUAUAACAUUCAGUCUUUACUAUGGCACAUAUCCCACCUUGAAUGGCUGUUAGAAUGUCCAGAUCCAUUCAGUUCUGAAGGACUACUUUCCUUAUUUAGGUGAUUUUGGCACUCAAUAGCCACAAAUGUCUCUGCUGUCAUUCAGGACAUCUUUAGUAACAUUAGUUAAGGCUUCAAUUUGUCUCAUUACUUCUAAGGACCCCAUGGGGGAAUAAAAACAGUCAAAAGGUAAUCAUACCGGUGGAAAAGGCCCACCUGGCCUUAACUCUGCAGUAAUUCAGAGGUUUUGGUAUAGUUUUCUUGACAGUUUCUGCAGUAUAGGGUGACCCCAAAGUGCAGCAUCCUAUCAAGUCUUACGGUAACCAGGGGCACAAGUAGUGGCCACACAGCCAUCAGGUGCCGUUAGGAGGGGGCUAUGCUCCUGGCCUCCAGCUGGGGUGUUUAUAUUGCAACCAGUUAGUGGUAUUAGAUAUUAACAGUUGGCAGUAGAACACAAGAUUCCAGCUCACUAUGGGAGAGGAGGACUUUGAGGGAGAUGGAGGGGGAUACUUAAGGAAAGACAGGAGAAUCUUGGUUCUUUUGUAACGGAGAAAAAUCUUCAGCAGUUAACAUGAUGUCAUCAAUGUAAUGAAAUCAAUGGGCAGCAGCGGGGAAGGGGAAAAGAGUCAGAUCUCUAACAGCCAAACCAUGGCAAGUAGUGGAACUGUGUAGAUAUCCUUGGGGGAGGGGGGGGGCACUUGAAAUGUCCAUUUCUGCCCCUCCCAGGUGAAGGCAAACCGGUCCUGUGUGGGCUGGGCUACAGGAAUAGUAAAGAAAGCCUUGGCCAGAUCUAACACAGCAUGUAUGAAAAAUUGACACCUUUGAAUUGUGGUGUUGGAGAAGAAUGUUGAAUAUACUAUGGACUGCUGAAAGAAUGAACAAACCUGUCUUGGAAAGUGUACAAGCAGAAUGUCUCUUAGGAGCAAUCAUGGCAAGACUACCUCUCACAAAAUUUGGACGUGUUAUCAGGAGGGACCAGUCCCUGGAGGAGGACAUCAUUCUUGUUAAAGUAGAGGGUUAGCAAAAAAGAGGAAGACCCUUGACAAGAUGGAUUAACAUAGUGGCUGCAAAGAUGGGCUCAAGCAUAAUAACGAUUGUGAAGAUGGUGCAGGUCUGGGCAGUGUUUUGUUCUGUUGUAGAUGGUGUCAUUGCCAGCCAGGACUGCUGUACACCUUUUUGUAGCUGCGGUUCUUCCUGCAGGGCUCUUAUGGGUUCUUCAGCACCUAGCUGGGUGUCUGUGGCCAGCCGAACUGCACAGAGAAGUGGCUAUCUCAUAGCCACCACUACUUAUCUAGCCUCCUUUCUACACUUAUGAAGUCAUGCAUCUUUCCAGAGCCAUGCUCUCCCACUUGGUGUUUUGGAGGUGUCCCCAUACUAAUGAGGCACACAGCAUGCAUAAAGCAUAUUGGCAAAUUCUCCCCACAUGGAGGUCACUGGGCAGCCCGGAAUUUCCUCCAUGGAUGCCCCACCCCCACUCGCCAUUUCUUCAGUCUCCUGGUUCGCUUGGACCAGCAACUUGAAGUUUGCCUCCAAAAUGGAGAGUGUUGAGGGAUUGAAGAAAUAGGUGGGCAACUGUAGUGUGGCUGAAAGGACUUUUAUUAGGACGACUUACACGAUGCAAUCCCUGGCAGCCAAAGGACCAGAGUGUAGCUCCACAACCAGCAAUGGGGAUGGGGUGUGGUAAGGUUUCCUGGGGUGGAGGCUUUAUAGUGGUCAAGGAGAAAAGUAGCUAUAAGCCAGGGAGUUAUACAAGUCUGCCUUAGCCUGGCCACGUAACAGGGGCUUGGAAAACAGCAGUGAACUAACAGAAAGCAUAAGGGCAGCCAUGUUCAACCAUGCAAAGCCCCUUUUCCUCUUACUGAAUAAUAGUUCAUUCUGUUGAUAGUGCAACAUUUUAUUUAUCUACUCAUCAGUUGAUGGACAUUUGGCUUGUUUUCACUUUUGAGCUAUUAUGAAUAAUGCUGGUCUGAACAUUUGUGUAUAAGUUUUUUUGUGUGGACUUACGUUUUCACUUUUCUUGGGUAUGUAUCUAGGAGUGGAGUUACCGGGCUGUAUGGUAACUAUAUGUUUAAUCAUUUGAGGAACGGCCAGGUUGUUUUCCAAAGUGGCUGCACCAUUUUUUUUAUUGUGGUAAAACACAUACAAAAUUCACCAUUUAACUGUUAUAAAGUGAACAAUUCAGUGGCAUUCAGUACAUUCACAUUUUUGUGCAACUAUCACCUUUAUUUACUUGUAGGACAUUUUUCUCACCCCAAAGCGGAAACCUUAUGCCCUUUAGGCAGUCACUCCCCACUCCCUUUCUCCCUCCCCUGACAAACACUAAUGUGCUUUCUGUCUCCAUGGAUUUGCCCAUUCUAUAUUUCAUAUAAAUGGAAUCAUGCAAUAUGUGGCCUUUUAUGUUUGGUGUCUUUCACUUCUACUCUGACACACACACAGGGCUGCCAUGAGUCAGAGUCAACUGGAGUGCAUCUGAUUUUUUUUUUUCUUUUAGUUAGCAUACUGUUUUCAAGGUUUAUCUAUGUUGUAGCAUGUAUCAUAACUUCAUUCCCUUUUACUGCCAAGUAAUAUUCCAUUGUAUGCAUAGACCAUUUAGUUUAUCCAUUCAUCUCUUGGAGCCCAAGUGCGCAGUGGUUAGGAGUUUGGAUGCUAACCAAAAGGUCGGCAGUUUGAAUACACCAACCACUCCUUGGAAGCUCUACGGGGCAGUUCUCUGUCCUGUACGGUCACUAUGAGUCAAAGUCUACUCAAAGGCAAAGGAUUUUUUUUUUUUUUGGUUAGUCAUCUCCUGGUGGGUAUUUGAAGUGUUUUACCUUUUGGCUUGUGGAUAUAGUUGCUAUGAGCAUUUGUGUACAAGUUCUUGUUUGAACACUUAUUUUCAAUUCUUGCGUAUAUAACCAGACAUGGAAUUGCUAGGUAAUAUGGUAUUUCAAUGCUUAGCUUUUUGAGGAGCUGUCAGACUUUCACAUAACACUACAUCCUUUUUUAUCACAUCCAGUUUCUGAAGGUUCCAAUUUCUCCAUAUCCUUGCUUGCAACAUUUGUUAUUUUCCACUUUAAAAAAUUAUUAUUAUAAGGGUCCUAGUGGGUGUGAAGUGGUAUCUCAUUGUGGUUUUGAUUUGCAUUUCUAAUGACUAAUGUGCUUGAGCAUCUUUUCACAUGCUUGUCGGCCAUUUAUAUAUCUUCUUUGGAGAAAUACCUAGUCAAGUCCCC